AUGGCGGAGACGACCACCUUUACCGCACCAUUGUCGCAAGGCUUUGGAUAUGGAAUUAUCGUUGGUCUGGGCUUUGCCUUUGCUUUGCUGAUGAUCUUUAUUACCUGGGCUCUGAAACGCUACCAGAACGAAGUUCAAACAUCCGAAAUGUUCUCGACCGCGGGGCGAUCCGUGAAAUCGGGACUCGUUGCAGCUGCCGUGGUUAGUAGUUGGACUUGGGCCGCAACACUUCUCCAGUCCACUGCUGUGGCAUACAAAUACGGCGUGUCUGGUCCUUUCUUCUAUGCCUCAGGUGCCUGUGUUCAAAUUAUCCUUUUUGCAACUAUAGCGAUCGAGUUGAAGCGCCGCGCACCGAACGCACACACUUUCUUGGAGGUUAUCCGUGCCCGCUAUGGAACUACAGUCCACAUCGUGUUCAUUGUCUUUUGCCUGAUGACCAACAUUCUCGUCACUGCCAUGUUGCUCACCGGUGGAUCAGCCGUGAUGACCUCCCUGACAGGCGUACCUACUGCAGCAGCCUGCUUCCUGCUCCCGAUUGGUGUUGUGCUCUACACUCUAUUCGGUGGUAUCAAGGCCACCUUCAUUACAGAUUACAUGCACACUGUCGUGAUUCUGGUUGUCAUCUUCCUCUUCGCCUUUUCUGCAUACGCUACCAACGCCGAGCUAGGAUCUCCAGCCAAGGUAUAUGAGGCACUAGUUGCAGCUUCCCAGCGCCACCCCGUCGAGGGCAAUGCGGAAGGCAGCUAUCUCACAAUGCGCUCCAAAGAGGGCGGUAUUUUCUGGAUCAUCAAUUUGAUUGGAAACUUUGGUACCGUGUUCCUCGACAAUGGCUACUACAACAAGGCCAUCGCCGCAAGUCCGGUCCAUGCAUUCCCCGGAUACGUGAUCGGUGGACUCUGCUGGUUCGCAAUUCCCUGGCUAUGCGCCACUACUAUGGGUCUCUCCGCACUGGCACUGGAGGGCACACAGCGAAUGAGCUCCGGCGAUGUCACAGCCGGUCUUGUCCUCCCUUUCGCUGCCGUUAAGCUCCUCGGCCACAGCGGUGCCGUCGCAACGACCCUCAUGAUCUUCAUGGCCGUGACAUCGGCCUUCUCAGCACAGCUGAUCGCCGUUUCCUCAAUCUUCACCUACGACAUCUACGGAGCCUACAUCAACCCACAUGCAAAAGGCAAGAGACUCGUCUGGAUCUCGCACAUGUCCUGCAUCGUCUACUCAAUCAUAAUGGCCGGCUUCGCAACAGGUCUCUACUAUGCUGGAAUCGGUAUGGGAUACCUCUACCUCCUGAUGGGCGUAAUCAUUUCUUCGGCCGUCUUCCCAGGCGCUAUGACCCUCCUCUGGAAAGGCCAGAACCACAUCGCAGCAGCCGUCUCCCCACCCCUUGGCCUAGCAGUCUCCCUCAUCGCCUGGCUAGUAACAACAAAAAAGCAAUACGGAGUCCUUACAGUCGACACGACCGGCGCCAAUUACCCCAUGCUAGCCGGUAAUGUCGCUGCCCUCCUCAGCCCAGUCGUCUUCGUUCCGCUUUUCACCUACGUCUUCGGCCCCCAGAACUACGACUACGAGUCCAUGCGCGCAAUCCGCAAAGUCGACGACUCGGAAGUUGCAGCCGCCGCACACGUGGAUAUCGAGCUCGUUCCCGGCGAAGCAACCCAUGCCCAAGACGAAGACGAGGAAGAAACUCGCCAACUCAACCGAUCUGCGUUCUACGCACGCACCCUGACGGUGUUCAUGGCGUUCUCUUUCUUGAUUCUCUGGCCGAUCCCAAUGUAUGGCACCUCGUACGUGUUUAGCCAGAAGUUUUUCACCGGCUGGGUGGUUGUGGGUAUCUUGUGGUUGUUUAUUACUACUUUCGGCGUUGUGGUCUUCCCGCUAUAUGAGGGCCGCACGAGCAUUACUCGUGUUGCGCGGAUGAUGUCGCUUGAUCUUGUUGGGCAGAGGCCGAAAGUUUAUCGUGGGACGAAGGAGGCGGGGGAUAUUGCUACGCCUUCUGGGGUUGCGACGCCAACAGAUGUUGAGAAGGAGAAGAAGGCUAUGGAGAGGGAGGUUUAG